CAUUAAGGGCUUAAGAAGUGGCAGGAGACACCACUAAGGCAGGAUGGAGUGGCUUUCAUGCUUACUUCAAGAUAGAGGGAGGCACUCAAGUAGCAAGGAGGCCGAGGACGUUGUGAAAUAGAAGUACAAGAAGAAGACAAAGCACUCCAUCUCAAUCCACUAUUGUCCGCACUGUAAAAAGAGUUGCAAGCGCUUUUUGUGUAACAGUUAUCUAGGUGAAGGGAGCGUGUGGCUGGCCAGGAAGACCUGACCCAUAUAAGGUGAUGACAGUUCCACGGUAGCUCAGGAUGAACUUGAGCUGGUGAAUCUCCUGUCUCCAACUCCCUGGCACUAGGAUAACAGGUCCAGUUGUCCUUUCACUGUCUUGUAUGGAGUCCCCAAGGUCCCCAGAGGAAACCGUUCUCAUCACUGGAGGAGGAGGAUAUUUUGGCUUCCGCCUCGGCUGCGCUCUAAACCAGAAAGGAGUCCACGUGAUUCUGUUUGACAUCACCCAACCAGCCCAGAACCUUCCAGAGGGAAUCAGAUUCGUCUGUGGCGAUAUCCGCCGCCUCUCUGAUGUGGAGACAGCCUUCCAGGAUGCUGACAAAGUUGCGUGCGUGUUCCACGUCGCCUCUUACGGCAUGUCUGGGAGGGAGCAACUGAACAAGACCCGGAUCGAAGAGGUCAACGUGGGUGGCACCGAGAACAUCCUCAGGGCCUGCCUGGAGAGAGGCGUGCCCAGUUUAGUCUACACAAGCACAUUCAAUGUCAUCUUUGGAGGUCAAGUCAUCAGAGACGGGGACGAGUCUCUACCUUACCUGCCACUUCACCUGCACCCGGAUCACUACUCCAGGACCAAAUCCAUCGCAGAGAAGAAGGUCCUGGAAGCCAAUGGCUUGGCCUUCAAGCAAGGUGAUGGUGUACUCCGGACCUGUGCGAUAAGGCCAGCCGGCAUCUAUGGGGCUGGGGAGCAGAGGCAUCUUCCCCGGAUAGUGAGUUACAUUGAGAGGGGCCUGUUCAGAUUUGUGUACGGGGAUCCCCAGAGCCUGGUUGAGUUUGUCCACGUGGAUAACCUGGUGAAGGCUCACAUCCUGGCCUCUGAGGCUCUGAAAGCCGAUAAAGGCCACGUUGCCUCUGGUCAGCCCUACUUCAUCUCAGAUGGUAGGCCCAUCAAUAACUUUGAGUUCUUUCGGCCACUGGUCGAGGGCCUGGGCUACACAUUCCCCUCCACCCGCCUGCCCCUAACCCUCAUCUACUACCUUGCUUUCCUGGUAGAGAUGACCCACUUCGUUGUAGGCAGGCUCUACAACUUCCAGCCCUUCCUCACCCGCACCGAGGUUUAUAAAACUGGCGUCACACAUUACUUCAGCUUAGAGAAAGCCAAGAAAGAGCUAGGCUUCGAGCCUCAGCCAUUUGACCUGCAGGAGGCAGUAGAGUGGUUUAAAGCCCAUGGUCACGGCCGAGGGGCUGGAGGUCAAGACUCUGAGUUUAUGCUGUGGGAUGGAAUUCUGGUCCUACUCCUGGUGCUUUCCGUUUUUACCUGGAUCCCUCCUUCCACCAUCCUGUCCAUAUGAAGAGGAAAGCUAUCCACAGGAGCUGAGCCUCCUUCCUGGGAUGGGGUUCAAGGAUGCAGGUUUUGAAAGAUAUGUCACAUUAUCUGGUACCAUCCCUGGGUCUUCCAAUUACUUCUUAACAGUGAGUCUUUAAACUUCAUGGCCAGGGAUGGAUUACCUCCUGAUCCUGAGGCCUCCAAAAUAGUAUUGGCUAUGGCCAAUGCUCUUGGUUGCCCACCAGCAACUAGCUAGUAAGACUCUAUUGCCUAAGGUGCCAUACACCUUUACUGAAGCACAUAAAGAGAUCUAACUGGAACUGAACUGGAAGCUUCCUGCCUGCUUGCUAGAUUUCAUAGUUCCAGAAGGGUCUAUACAGGCUGCUGGAGUCUUAGUCAGCUAUGGACCCUGCAGACAGCACUACCAAUACUGGGAAAGGUGUACCCUCUAGGGCAACAGCGCCAUGUCUGUUAGGGGAAUAACCAACCACUUCAGAAUUGAAUUGGAGGCUGGCUCCAUGGGAGGGAGAGUUUAUUCCUGGUGCUGUAAACCUGGCCAGAGGCUCAUGGAUAGAGAGGUCAUAGGCCUGCCGCUGUUAUUUUUGCCAGAUAGAGAAGCUGUGCCCAUGAAGCUGCUCCCCAAGUUCUUACGUUUCUAUCUGUAGAUGACCGCUACCCUCGGCUGUGAUCAGGGAUGCUUCUCUCUGCCGUGGGGGCACCAGUUACACUUCUGAGAUUCAUAUCCGGUCCAAGUGCUGAGCGUGGAGUGUUCAUCCACAGACAGGACAUCCGUAUCGCUCCCUCACGGCCUCCCGGGACUCUGUAGCAAAAGGGGUGGGAAGGAUGCAGAAGCUGGAGGAAGGUAGGGGGUGGGCAUUGGGGAAGUCUGUCUGCUGAGAAUGAAAUGACUACUGUCCUCGUGACCUAACGGUAGCUCUGAUGCGCUACUAGACUCCAUACAAUGAGGCCUAUCACCAUUCUGCCCUGGGAAGGAGAGAAGCUCGUGAUAUCUACCCCUCCCUGAAAAGCUGAAGGUGAUUGGUGGUUUCGGGGGGGGGGACACUUUCUCUAGUGGUUUAGUAAUUUCAAAGUUGCCCCAUGCUCCUGUAAGCAAGCUUAAUGAACUUCUCUGGGACACACACACACACACACACACACACACACAGUUUAGACAGGAAUCUAGCUGGGAAGAGACUGGGAAUGGGACAAAAGAGGGUGUGGGGGUGAAUUAGAUCGAACUACAUUAUAUACAUGUUCGAAAAUGUCAUAAUGAAACUCUUAUAUACUUAACCCAUGCUAAUAAAUAAAAAGGACAAUUGACUU